AUGGCGCGGUCGAAUCUGACCACGACGUUUGAAAGAGAGGUGCUUUCGACUCCUCUUGUUCGCCGCGCGAUUUUCCUUUUUUUUCUAACCACGAAAACAUGUGCGCGUAUACCGCAAACUUAUACGCGGUACUACGAGUAUUUUGCAUCCAAAACCGAGUCUCGGAAAACCGCCGAGAAAAGAGCCCGAGCCAGAAAACGCGUGGCUGCCGUCCCCCCUCGUGCACGUGACGGUUAUAAGCGCGUUGCGAACUCCGCCGCGCGCACGCCCGUCGCGAUGAGCGUUCCGGGGUCGAUGCGACCCGAUACGACUCUCUCUAAGGAUGCCAAGUCCGACGACGUGAGACUGUGGCUGGGCGAGACGUCGGUGGGCAAGAAGCGACCGAGCGCGUCGGCGGUGGACGCGGCGGUGGGCAGCCUUCAAAAAGUCUCCAUCUCCUUCCAGGGCGGCGACGGCACGGGGAAGACCGGCGCGGCCAGCCGCCGGGGCUCGUUGGACAGGAGCGCCGGCGCGCAUCACCCGAACGGCGACGACGUGGACAAGGAGGACAAUACCGACGUCACCGACGACGAGGACGAGGCCGGGUUGUGCACCGACCAGAGGGAGCUCGCGCGGCUGGCGCUGUACUGGAUACUCGGCAAGACGGACCUCAUCCUGGGCGUGGUGCUCCUCGGAGUGGCGAUGUGGGUCCGCGCGAAGAUGCUGCUGAGCGACGACCCGAGGAAGAAGAAGACGGUGGGGGACGAGGAGAACGCGUGGCGAUGGAUGCUGUUCGUCGCGUGCAUCCUGCUCGGCCGAUUCCUCGCGCGUUGGCUCGUCAACACCACCAUAUACGCGCUCGACAGGCUCGCGAGAGACGCGUCGACGGACGGAACCGACGCGUCACCGGCGUCGACCGACCAGCAACGCCGACUGGAACACCACAGGGCGCACGGCGGUCAGGCGACGACGCUGAAAUCCGUGGUGUACUACCUGCACGUCCUGAGGGCGCCGCUCAAGCGGUUGCUUUUGAUGAUCGGGAUCACGGUGUCGUGGGCGACGCUCGUGAGGCCGGUGUUGAGUGGAGGGGUUCACGAGACGACGACAAAGGCUUUCGCCACGGCGUGCCUCGUGCUCUUCGCCGCGCUCAUACACUCGCUCGGCGUGAAGAACCUCACGUCCAGGCUGCACUCGAGCACGUUCUGGGAGCAGCUUCACACCACCGUGCGGCAGGAGAACAUCCUGAAGAAGCUGGCGGGGCCGCCGAUUCGACCUCGUCCGCGGCCGGCGAAGGGCCAGGGAAAGGCGUGGAAGCUGGUGCGGGGGGCGCUGCGUCAGCGGCGGCGGGACCAGGAACGGCUGAAGAAGAAGGACGGGUCGGACAACCUAACCACCCACGAGCGGGGGGGAGGCGUCGCGGGAGGCGUCGCACUCGGCAACGGCGGCAUGCGACGCGGCGCGAGCGAGGGUUCUCUCGCCGCGCUCGCGCAACGAGCGACGCACCGCCGCGACCGCAGCUUGGAUUCGGACGGCGGGGGUUCGGAUUACUCCCCGUUCGACACCGUGCGUUCGGACGUGUCGUGUGAUAACCCGCACGGUGUGAACGGGUCGCACGGGGAGAGGCCCUCGCUCAUGCACGUGCAGUUCACGGACGGCGCCGAGGCUGGCACAGCUGGCGGCGGCGGGGUCGACCUCGCGCCCGUCGCCGAGGGCUCCGACGCCGACGCCGAGCGUAACGCCCGUAACGGCCACCACAACCACGAUCAGUCGUCGAAUGCGUCCUCGGACAACGAACGGGAGGGUUCCAUGUCGGACGGCAGUAACGUCUCCGCGUGGAACGAACCGUCGGGGGCGGAAGCCGCCAAGGCGCUGGGGUCCGCCGAGGUGGGCACCCUCGGCGCCGGAGACGUCCCAAUCGCGAUGGUCAACGCCGCCGCGAGGCACGUCAAGAAGGGCUUGUUCUCGCUCCCCUUUCGCAAGACGACGCGGGCGAUGCAGAAGCUGCGACCGAAACGGAUGGAUUCCGCGGGAAAACCGGGAUCGCCCGGGUACGAGCCUCGAGCGACGCCCGCGAUGCCGCUGUCGCAGGGCGUCCCUUCCGUUUCCCACCCGGGCGGGGGCCAGGGGGACACCGAGACGGAACGCGCCGCGGACGCCGCGGCGGCGAUGAUGUUCAACCACCUUCGCAGGCCCGGUCAGCCGUUCGUCACCCCCGAGGCUGUCGCGGAUUUCGUCGAGGGCGACAAGGUUGAGGAGGCGUUUGCCCUCGUCGGGGGCGCCGACUGCGGCGUCCGAGCGCUGUCCGAAGGCAACGUCGCGAGCGCCAUGCGCAAGAUCUACGCCGAACGCGAGGCUCUCGGCAAGACCCUCUCCGACACGAGCGAUCUGGUGAACAACGUCGGGGUGAUGAUCGGCGCCGUCCUCGCCGUCGUGGUGCUCUUCGUGUCGCUCGGCAUCUUCAACGUAGACGUGGCGGGGAUAUGGGUGCUGGUAUCCUCCGCGGUGCUCGCCACCGCGUUCGUGUUUGGCACCACCGCGGCGACGAUGUUCAGGGCGCUGCUUAUGAUAUUUUACACGAACCCUUUCGGCGUCGGGGACUGGAUCAGGGUCGACGGGGAGAUUCUGCAGGUUCGCGAGCUGGGGCUGAGCUUUUUCGUCGUUGUGAACUUUUGGGGCGAGGUGAUCUUCCUCCCGGUGUCCACCGUGCUGGACGCGAGGAUCUUCAACCUGUCGAGGUCGCCGCCGCUGUGGAUGAACACCACGUUCAACGUCGACAUGGGCGUCACCCAGGCUGACAUCGACCACGUGCAAAACGCGAUGGCGGCGCACAUCGACUCGGACCCGGCCAACUACACCCACGGUUCCUUCACCGUGUACUGCCGCGAGAUGCGCGACCCGCUCAAGUGCCACAUAACCUGCUUCUACCAGCUGGCGUUCAACGCGAGCGAGUUUGAGAAGAAGCUGAGGGCGAACAACAGGUUUUUGGUGGCGCUGCAGGCGGCGCUGAUGGAGCUGCCCAGCGGCGUCAGUUUCGCGGGCACCGACGGUCAGAUUUUCAAGUGCGUGGAGCACACGAGCACGAGGGCGAGAGCCGGGGGACAAAAGUCGGCACCGGGCGGCAAAGGCGGGGUCGGUCGGGCCGGGCUCGGUUCCACGCGGGGAUCCCCGAGGGUCAGCCUCGGCUCGUCGUCGUUUGGGACGGAGCAGCCGUCGGCGUCGAGGGAGACUCCCGCGACGGACCAAUCGGCGCCGUCGUCGGACUACCCGGCGCCCCACUCGGCACCCCACUCGGCACCCCAGUCGGCACCCCAGUCGCUCAACAGGGACGGCGCGUACGCCUCCGGAUACGCUCCGCCGACGACGACGCGGAGGUUCGGUUCGACGACGUCUCGCGCGCGUGUCACUCGCAGGGCGCCGUUCCGGAUCCCCGGGCGGCUCAGGCACUACACCGGGAUGCUCGGGGACAUGAACGAGGUGGUGACGUUCGACGCGUACGACGGGCAGGUUCCUCCGGACUCGGACGAGGAUUGACGCGUGACUCUAGCUAGUGACGGUGAGGCGGCGACGUCUUUGCGUGUCUCAGUGCGUCGAGACGCGCGCGAACCUUCCGUCGACGGGGGCGAUGCGUGUGCGCUCGAUUAACAGCGUUGUUACAGAUUUUAAUACAAGAGAAGUGACACGC